AUGUGCCACGAUCGGGAGUGCACGCGGAGCAAGUGGGCUGGAUACGUGCCGGAUGUUGCGGGGACGGGCGGCGCGGGGAGCGGCGCGUGGGUGCCUGGGAUUGGUCGCCUCAAGAGGCGCCUCAAAAGCAGUGCUGCAGGCGUGACUCUCAAAUUUGCUCCCUCCCCUCCCUCUCCUCCCUCUCCACUCUCUCCUCCCUCUCCUCCCCGCCACCCGCCUCAGGCCAUGCUGAAUGCGUCUCUGGGCGUUGUGACAUCCACAGCAGCAGCCGCCGCUGGUGCAGGCGUGACGGUGACUGUGUCUUACAGCAUUCUUACUUUUUCCAUAGCUGCGGUUACGGGCAGCAGCACCGCGGCCGGCUCAUUAGGUGACAGCACAGGCUCAACAGUUGCGCAGAGAAAGCAGUUACCCCAACCCGUUACACCUGCCCGAUGGUUCUUAACCGGCCCUGAUGCCCGCGCUGCCGCCGCUGCUGCUGCUGCCACUGGCAGUUCGAGCGCAGCUUCUGCGUCUGCCAUGUCAGCUUCCAAGUCAGCUGCCACAUCAGCUUCGAAAUCAGCGUCCACGUCAGCAGCAACGUCAAAGUUUGCGGCAGCAGCGACAGGGACAGCAGCAGGGGGUGCGGUGAAUGGCGGUGUGCCGUCUGGCACGCCGCAGUGCCAGGAGGGGCCGUAUGUGAGCGCUGCCUUGAUCCCUCUCGGCAAGUGCAAAGUGAAAGCCACAGCUACUUCGAAGGUUGUGAGGAUUAGCAAGGCAUGGUAUGCCAAGCUGUCAUAUGGGGAACCCGCCGCUUCCAAAUCAUCCUCUGUGGUCUAUGUAGGCGGUGGUGAACGCCACGGUGGACAUUCAGGAAGAGCCGUCCCCGAAUGGCACCGCCAUGCAGCCCGUGGCCGUUUUCAACUACGACGCCUUCUUUCUCCAACUUCCCGACACCUCCCCCACCCCCCCCCUCCUCGCACCCCUCCUCCUCGCACUCCUCCUCCUCGCACUCCUCCCCCCUCUUCUCCCUCUCUCCCUCCUCCCUCUCCUUCCUCUCCCUCACCACCAACUAACAAAUCACCAUCAACCCUUCCCUCCUCUUCCUCCACCUCUCCUCCCCUUCCACCUAAUUCCGGGACCCUUCUAUCCGACACGUCAGGGCCCCCUAACGACCCUCCCGGUUCGGGGCAAACUUCAGGUUCGGGAGGUGGGCCUGCAGGUUCUUCAGGAGGUUCCGGAGGUUCGGGAGGUGGUUCGGCAGGUUCGGCAGGGGGACCUGGUGGUUCGGGAGGGAAGGGGCAGAGCAAGCCUCAAAAGCCCUCGUCUCCUCCCUCGUCCGCAUCUCCCUCCCUCCCUUCUCCUCCUCACUCUACUCCCCCCUCCCCUCCGAGUAAGCCUCCAUCCUCCAAAACCUCCUCCCCAUCCUCUUCACCUUCCUCCUCUCAGUCCCCCCCCUCUCCUACAAAAAAACCGCCUUCCGCUGCAUCAAAGCAGCCGUUGUCAUCGCCCACCAAAGCACCCUCAGCUUCCCCUGCUGCACACCCCAAAGGAAAACCCUCCAAACCCAAGAGCCCAACCUCCCAAUUCUUCCCUUCCUCUGAUUCCAGAAGUAACGGCGUUAGCAGCAGCAGCAGCAGCACCAAGCCCAAAACCACCACCAGGUCAUUUUCUCUCGCCACCACUGCCUCUGUAACCACACCAGUGGUAACCACAACAACUGCAACCCCAUUAUCUGGGGAAGAAGAAGAGGAUGCGGAAGCGGAGACGCAGGUGCAGCAGCAGGAGCAAAGGAUACUGGAGUGGCAUCGGCAGCAGCGGGAGAAGCAGAAGGAGAAUCCGCAGGUGCUGGCAAUGGCCAUGGCGGACCAAGCUGCAGCCAAGUUCCCCUCCUACACGCCCUACUGCUCUGCUGGGCCGUAUGUCACGGCUGUGCUGAUACCAUUGGGCAACUGCCGCGCUGUCCCACGAGGCAACAACGCCAGGAUCGUCAGGGCCGGCAAUUCUCGAUUUAUCCGCCUGGACCUUGGGCGGCCAGUGCGCGGGUGUCAGCGCUCGUACCGCUUCCAAUUGGUCAACUUCCGAGGGCGGGUGGUAAGGGGUCCUGUCACUCUCCGCGUGUGCCGCGCUGGGAAGCCGGGAGCCGCCACCUGUGGCCCCGUUACAGUCACAUCCGCAGUGCCCUGCUGCUGA